UGUUGCUACAGCGCUCCCCGGUUGGUCAGCUGACCGUCGGGCGGUCUGGUGACAUCAAGCCCGCAGUUUAGCACCGAGACCCGGACCCACAGAGACCCGGACCUACCACUGAGAUCCGGACCUACCACUGAGACCCGGACCCGACGAGAUCCGGACCCAUCACCGAGCCGGUCUCUGAGCCUCCUGACCCGGACCCGAGCCUCUCUGUGGAGCUCCUGAAACAAGCCGAGCUCUCCCCUCCCGGAGCCGGACCCACCUCUCUCUCUCCCCGAUCCUCGGCUCCCCUCCUCUGUCUCUCCCCAGUCCUCGGCUCCUCUCCUCGGCUCCCUUCCUCUGGUCUCUCCUUUCUCCGGCUCCUGGUCCUGGUCCUCGGCUCCUCGAUCCCCUCUCUCUCCUCGGGUCUCUCCCCUCCUCUGGUCCCCAUGUCGCUGCUGGAUCUGUGCCUGCAGGGCCUGGCCGUGUUCGGCUUCAUCCUGUUCGGCGUCCUGUGGCUCAUGCACUUCAUGUCCAUCAUCUAUGUACGUCUGCACUUGCACAGGAAGAGGUCGGAGGUCAAAGGUCAGAUGGCCGGAGUCUCUCUGCUCAAACCGCUGAAGGGCGUCGACCCCAACCUGAUCAGCAACCUGGAGACCUUCUUCACCCUGGACUACCCCAAGUACGAGGUGCUGCUGUGUGUUCAGGAUCAGGACGACCCCGCGGUGGAUGUGUGUAAGAAGCUUUUGGGGAAAUACCCCAACGUUGACGCCCGUCUGUUCAUCGGGGGGAAGAAAGUUGGAAUCAACCCCAAGAUCAACAACCUGAUGCCGGGCUACGAGGGAGCGAAGUACGGGCUGGUGUGGAUCUGUGACAGCGGCAUCAGAG